GUGGGAGUGUUCCUUUUCUUGCAGUUCAAGACACCUGUCGCACAGCAGGACCUUUCUAGGCAGCUGCGCACAGGAUAAUCUCCGCUCACGUUCAACCAGGAGACUGCCAGACGAGGCAGAGCGCGAGUGUGCGGCCGGAGCCAGCCCAGCUUGCCCGACAUGUCAGCCGCACCCGCGAUCAAGGGUGGCUCCCUCGCCAUCCCCGUCGCGGGCGGGAGGGAGGAGCUGGACAUUAACUUGAGCAACCUCUUCGGUGCUGCACCCGCCGCUGCAGGUGACGAGCAGGUCGAUUUCGAGUUCGUCAGGCAGGUCCUGCGAACCGAGCUCCCGCCGGUCGUGUACUGGUGCGUCAUCGCCCAUUACUGCCUAACCCAGGGCCACCCAUUGGAAGCCGAGAGCCUCUGCCACGAGGCGCUCCACUUUUACGAGCGUCAAGGACCAGACUUGGUGCCGGUGCACAACCUGCUCGCGAGCAUCUCCCUUGCGAGGGCGAGGACUGCCCCCCAAGAGAUCCUCGCAGAUGCCCGCUACAAAAUCCUCGAUCCGGCAACAGAGCUGCCCAAGGCGCACCACCAUGCGCAGGCUGAUGCCGCCAUCAAACAGGCCGAGCGCGUACUGCAGUCUGUGGCGAGUUCUAAAGACCCGCGAAUGCAAUACUAUCGGCAGCUCACCGCGCUCAACCGAGGCAUCUUCAUGCUCUCGCGGGGCCAGUACGAUACGGCCCUCCCCUGCUUUGACUUCGUCCUGCGGCACCACCCGCAGCACGCUGUCGCUCUCCUUGGAAAAGGCUGUUUGCACCUGCGCAAAAAGCAGUGGGCCCAGGCGCUGAAGUUGUACCAGCUUGCCUUGCGCGUGAGCAUUCAGAUCAACAAGACCGCAGAGGACGUGUGCGAUCCUUCUUCGCGAUGGAAUGGUCCCGAUCCGCGCAUCGGCAUCGGCCUUGCUCUCUGGGGCAAUGGUCAGCACGAGGAAGCGCGGCGGGCAUGGCAGCGCAGCCUUGCCGUCCACCCCGGCUCGCACAGCGCGCACACGCUGCUCGGCGUGUCAUCCCUAGCGCUCUACAGCCAGCCGCAGGCGCUUGAGGGUUGCGCGAGUCCAGAGGCAGAAGCGCAGGAGCGUGAUCAGCUCUAUAACGAGGGCAUCAAGCACAUCCAGGCUGCCUUCAAGAUCGACAACCGCAGCGCCAUCUUGGCCGUUGCGCUUUGCUCGCACUUUACUACCAAGGCCGAUCUGCUCAUUGAGUCUGGUCUACUCGCCUCUGGCGACGACCACGAGUGGGCGACCGUGCGCAACCACCUCAGUGCGGCACUCAAACUUGGUGAGCACGCCAUCCAGUAUGCUGAGCUGUCCAGAGCCGGCAUCCAGGCGAAGCUGCAUUUUGCGCGCGCUCUGCACAUGAUGUCAUACCUCCCGGGCGGAGAAAUUGCGUUGCGGACCGUCGCGCAAAGGUACUACACCAUGGUUCUUGACGAAAGCAGCAAGGCAGGACAGAUCCCCAGCAUGGCAGCAGCAGCUGUGGACAGCAAGGGCCUGCAGGUGACCGACGCGCUUGCCGUCGUCGGACUGGCGCAGAUCCAGAUCUCGACCGGCAGCACGCCCGCUGCAAAGAAGACACUGUUGCGCUUCCUACCCAAAGCUCAGUCCGGCGGCUCGAAUGCCCUUGAGGUCAUUCUCCUCGCCGUCAGCCUCGAUGUGCAACCGGCGACAUCUGCGAGCCUUCUGGAGCGUGCGCUCAAGCUGCUCGAAGCUGCAGAGCGCGAGAGCGAGCGCCUAGCUCACCAGCACCCCAACGUUAUGCAGGAGGAAAGCGAGAACCUCUUCAUCGCUUCAUCCGACUUUUCGCGCUCCAGCCUCAAGAAGGAGCUGCUUGGGCUUAGGGCGCUGCAAGGCAUUGCGACGCUUGCCCGCGACCCGCUCAUCUUUGUCGAGAUGGCCAACUUUAUCCGCGCACAAGACCCGAGCCUCGCUGCGCGCUGCUAUUCUGCGGCUCUGCGUAUUAUAGAAGCGCCAGCAAAAGAGCUAAGUACGCGUGACACCGCGCUGAGCGUCCAGUUGCGCAGCAAUCUCGGUGGCAUACUCAGUCUCCGGGCACUGGAGAUGGACAGCUCUGAGGGCUCUGAGCGAGCGAACUUGCUCGACCAUGCGAUCGCUGAGCUUCAGGGAGCCCUUGUUGCAGCCUCCAAGAUCCCCGCUGGCUCGCCCGAGUCGGCCGCAGCGGAAGCCGUGCGCGUUGUCUCGCUGUACAACUUUGCGCGCGUCUGCGAGCUCACCGACCCAAGCAAGGCAGAGCAAGCGUACCAGACGGUGCUCGCUGCGCACCCUGAGUACCUCGACGCGAAAGUUCGUCUGGCGCUGCUGCACGUGACUGGAGAGAAGAGUGGUGGCGCGGCCGCUGCAGAGGCACUUUUCAAGGAGGUCUUGGCGAGCGAUAAUACCAACUUUGAUGCGCGGCUCAGCUAUGCCAUCUUCCGAGCUGGCCAGCUGCCCGGGUCACCCAAGACAGAGUGGACAAGCGUCAAGGAGUUUCUUGCGGAGGUCUUCCAAGGCCCUACACCAGCUGGCGCGAAGUCAUUCGGAUCCAAGACAGAUGCCAAAAGCAUUCAGACAAAAGGGCAGCAGGAUGCUCCGUAUCUUGCUGCGCUUGGGUGGGCCUACUAUCAAGCGCACGUGCACGGCAAGCCAGGCCCGGACCCGAAAGCUGAGCGAACCAAGGCGCUGUACCGUGCCAUUGACCUCUUCGACCGAGCGCUGCAGGCGGACAAGCUCAAUGCGUUCGCCGCGCAAGGCAUGGCUAUCCUGCUUGCUGAGGAUGCGCUCGGCGAGGCGACGGCGGAGCGGCAGCUCUCGGCGGGCAUCGCGCAGGCCGCAUCGGACCAACGAGCAGAGGAGCGCCGCAAAAAAUCGGCCGAUGAGGCCAUCGCCGUCUUGGGCAAGCUUCGCGACGUACGUGAGGAUUCGAGCGUCUACAUCUGCCAGGGCCAUGCGUUCAUGAUCAAAGACGAGUUCGAUAGGGCAAUCCAGGUUUACGAACUUGCUGCUUCCAAGUUUCACCCAGACGGCAAUCCGUCGUUGCUGCAGAAUCUCGCGCGUGCCGAGUAUGCGAAAGGCAUUUCAUUUAAGAUCCCACUGCAUCUCUGGCGCUCGAUAGACUACUUGGAUCAGGCGAGGAAAAAGCUGGACGCUCGCGGUGACUCGUCAUCCCUCUUAGAAUGCAGCUGGAUCCGCUACAAUGAGGCUGUCACUCGGCAGCAACUGUUGCAGAUGCUUCACAAUCUCAAGCCCGACAAGCGUAGCAGCGACGAGAUAUCAAAGGCGGCCGAUGGGCUCAAGCUUGCGUUGUCGCUUUUUACCGAUCUCCUUCCCAUCGCCCAGAAGCAUCAGCUGUCUCACAUCACUGCCGACCUCGUUGAGCAGCGCAUCCAAUACGGCGAGAAUAAGCUGCUAGCCCAGAGUGAAGAGGUCCUUUCGGAGCAGAAGGCAUACGAGGCGACCGUCAACGCCGCUCGCGAAGAGGCGGAGGCGUUGCUCGCUGAGAAGGAGGCUCUGAAGGAGAAGCUGCGUGCGGAGCGCGAAGCUGAGCAGAUCCGCAAAGCCGAAGAGCUCGUGGCUAAGCGCUUGGCUGCGAAGGAGAAGCUCAACGAGGUGGACUGGGCCGUGCUCAACGCUGUUGUCGACGAAAAGCGCACUAAGUCUGGUGGCUCUAAGAGCCGAAGAAUGAAGCAGCAUGAGGAAGAAGAUUUAGGCAUCGUCAACGAUGAGAGUGAGGAAGGCGGCGAUACCCUGUUUAGCGCAGCAGGGUCGGACGAGGAUGACGAUGCACCAAAUGAUGUCGACAACGAUGCUGCACGAGCGUCGAAAGCACUAAGCAAGCUCAAGCGCAAAAAGGAAUCUCAGAAGCGGAUUAAGAAGAAGAGACAGGCCACCUCCGACACGGAUGAGUCAGACGCCGCUGAGGAUAGUGAGGUGGAACCCCGACCCAAGAAGAAAAAGCGCGGCAAGCCUCAAAUUUUCGAUGAAGAUGACCUCAUCGACUCUGAUGAAGAGGCCUAAGGGAGUGAAGCAAACGCAAUACACGUCCGCACGCGUCCACAGUGCAUCUCUACUUUUACGCGAUAAGGGCCUCUCUAUAUCAAAUACGAAAGGCUUACACUACUGUUUUGCGUCUAUGAUGAUAUAUGCAUGUCUGGCAAAGAGGCAUUGUAUCUUGCUACUGGGAAUGUCUUCCUGCAUUCAGUUCGCUGGUGUGC